CUUAAACUUACCUUGACCUCUAACAGGGGUCGAUCAGGCAGAGUUAAAUACUAAAUAUAUACUCUAAAAGUUGGUUAAACUAGCCUGGUACUCAUUCUGAUAAGGCGCUAGAUAUAACUGAGCGUGUUUAGCGCGUGACACUGUCUUUAGGAAGGCCAAAAACUGAAAACCAAAAUACUACUAUCGUUUCACAAGACUGGUUGGACAAAUUUGCAAAUUAGACAGCAGGAUAAUUAGGCGUACUUAUCGAGACGGGUGAACAAUACAUUUCGUCUGCUACAUCUCUUGGGGCAAGGAAUGAAAUUUACACGUGAGACUGAUAUGUAUAUGGUUAAAAGGGAUGAAAAGGUCUUUUCUCUCCUUACACGACCUUUACCGAAUAUUCCUGAUAAUGGCUAUAGAAUAAAGAUCGGUACAUGUAAUAUUUGUUUGAAUCAUCCACAAGCUUGUUUCCUUUGCACUGGUGAAAUUGUUGAUGUUGGUUCUAAUAAAAUUAACGAUACUGAGCAUUUAAACUCCAAGGUCGUUGUAUAUACUGAUUUAUGGACUAAUGAAUUUUAUCAAUACUUGUCAAUAUCUAAUAAAAAUCAACUGUUGAUAUUACCUAAGACCUUGACAAAUGAUUAUGUAACACAUUUACCUGGAUUUUUAUUAGUAUUUCCUUUAAUUAAACAUUUAUCAAGAAGAUCAAAUGUUGUUAUUAUUGGAUCAAGCUAUCUAACGAACCUAAUUUUGUUGUUAAUCCAAAAAUAUUUUAUAAAUAUUCAAAAUGCAUCUACUUUCUAUAUUAUCGACGAAAAUGCGUCUAGACUAGUGAACUUAAAAAAGACUUUUAAAUUUAUUCAAUGUAUACAUUUAGAUAAAUCGAUUUAUGAAGAAUAUAACCAAGAGAGAAUAAAUAAUAUGAUUUGUGGGAAUCAGAUUGAUAUUGUUAUUAGUUUAAUAUUUAAUAAAUAUUGCAUUGAUCAAUUAAGAGAUAGUAACAGUCAGAUUAUAAAAGAAAUAUCCUUAUGCAAAACUUAUAUUGAACAAGCGUUUAUGAAUUAUUCAGAUUCGUUGGAUUGGCUAGAUGAACACAUUCAUGAGAUUAAUUGGCCAAAUUCCGAUGAAUUUAGCUAUGAUAAACUAAUUGACUUUAAUUUAAAAAUAAUCAAGAAAGAAACAGAUGAUAUUGCGAUUCUAAAAUUUUAAAGAAUAUUAUAAACAUGAUACAAUAUAUCAAAUAUUUGGCUUUUUACUAUCAUAUACAGUAUAUUGUUUAUACAAGUAUAAAUACUAUUUAUAAAAAAGAACUGCUUAGUUAUCGACAGUUCUAUUAAUGGCUUCUUUUAAAUAUUAAUUGCAUAUAUUGAUAUAUACUUAAUAUACUAUAUGCUGUAUUUUGAGAUUUAUGAAU